AUGGAGCAGUUAAUGAAAUUGAAAUUAAGUGGUGACAUUCCGUGUUUGUCUUCGAUUCCUCUGGGGACAUUUCACAAUAACAAAUAUUAUAUCGGCGACGAAUGUCUGACUCAUCUUGAAGAAAUUAACCCGGAUGAAAUAUUUAAUUUCCCAGCGCUAUCAUUAUUAUUGCAGGAUCUAAUUCCUAUUCUGACGAUCAGUAAGGAUCAGACCGACAUAUUUUAUUCAACAAUAAAAUUGUUAGUUGAACUUACUACACCCGUCGAGUGCUUGGUCUCCGUCAAUCCGUCCAACCGCAUUAGUCCAUCGCAGCACAUCGCCAUCCACGAACUGACCCAACUCCUCUAUGGUGCUAAAGAAUCCUUUCUGGAUGGCAAAACAACUCAAGUUAUUCUCAAUCAUCUUCUCCUUAUCUCACAAAAGCAAUCAUUGUCUAGCGAAGAUUGCGAGUUGGUAAAUCAUUCCCUAUUGCUGAUACGCAAUAUCCUGCACGCUCCUGAACGCCAAUGUCAAAUAGCAGUAGGAGAAUGCCAAGUUUCAUCUACUACCUCAACACAGCAGCAGCAGAAUCGAAUUCUUUGGAACUUGUACGCCCAGGGACUGAGUCACCUCCUCAUCAACUUGCUCGGCUGUUCGCAGGCUACGGUAAAACACUAUUACUUCUCUAUUGACUUGCUUGCUGCUGGCUGUUUGCCUUGCAUAUUUAAACAGCAAUCGACAAAGGCUUUUUACUAUCUCUCGCUUCGUCUAUUUACAAAAACGGAUUUCAAUUUACUGAGAAUUUAUUUCGCAUUUGUUUCCACGAAUACCAUGCGAAUAUUUCCAACUGAGAUUUUAGAGUUGGAAAACUGGUUAAAUUCUUCACAGGAAAAAUGGUCAGUGACGAUCGUACAGCUGAUUUCGCUUUUCUAUAAAGAUAGACCCGUUGAAACUAUCCAAAACAUGUUGAGAGAUGACAUCCAUUCGUCCGAGUCCUCAGAAGAUGAUGGACAAAGUCAAUUCAGUAAACAGAAUCUUGAGAACAAUCAAAAUGGAAAUCCAAAUCGAAUCAAUUUUUACCUCAGAUCAAUCACGUCGAUCCAGUCAAGAAAGGCUGUAGUAAUAGAACCUUUCAUGUCGAUAUUCCAACCGAGCAUCCAGCCAAUCAUGUACCGCCCACGGACGAAUCAUUGGAAAGUGGUUCAAGCUUGUUGCCUCCUGUUUUAUUUCAAUCCAGCGCCGACAACGGAAUUAAAAGAAAUGAAUUAUCUAUUACAAAGGAAUAUAAAAGGUGACACAAAAAUUAAGGAAAUUCCGGAAAAAGAGCAGAGCCGGAAGAAGUUUACCGAAUGCAACGUGGAAAUGGAUCAACGCUUUAAAUUAUUUCAAUAUCAACCAACAGAAAAAGAUAUUGCUCAGCUAGUGAAAGAAUUUACUGUCGAUUUCCUGCUCAACGGCUACAACACUCUGGUGAAGCAACUGCAUCAACAGUUACUCAAACAAGGUGAAACUUACCUGCUCUGGGACAAAUCUCAUUUUUGCUGGCUCAUCUGCUACUUUUUGCCCAUCGCUGUUCAAUUAGAAACGAGUGUGGAACACUUGAAAGACGUCUUAACUAUUGAUCUCUUGUGUUAUCUGACGUGGGAAGCUGUUUGUCAGACGGAAGAACUAGAAAUUUACACGUUCCAACCGACAGUUGAUUUGAAGCCGUGCGUAAGGCGUCUACAUCUGAGCGUGAUGGCCAUUCGUGAGUACGUGCAAACUUUGGAGAGUUAUUUCCGUCUUGCUUCGGGGUCGAAUAGAAAUGAGCCAGGCCUCCUCACAGGCAGCGAAGAUUUGAUUACUCGACUGAGUGGUUACGUGCCAGCCAUUCGGGACCUCCGUCAACUCUUUUUGCUCCAACUCCGUCAAUUCGAUCCUGUCGUUCAAAGUCGGCGUUAUCUACUCGAUGUCAUCGCGACCAAUCACAUCUUAUUGCUUGCGCUCGAACGGUCCACUGGGCAAUCAUCACGCGGGAGUUUUAAUAUUAGCCAACACUUGACUCAAUUCUGUUCGGAAAUAAUAGUCGAUCGAUACGGCACGGCUCUCGAGGAUUUCAAGACCAACGGCCCAUUCGUCAACGAUUGCAUUUUGACGAUUUUGCAUCACAUCGCGGGCGAUUUGGGCCGGGCCGACCUUUUGUGCCGGCCCGUCAUUCUUCGUCCAUUCAGCAAAAUCUGGAAAGAGGAAUUCAAUAUGUGUGACGAUUGGAAUGAUCUGAUUGAAUUGACUAUUCAAAAAUCAAUGCGGAGUUUUCAGAAAAGCGUUCGCUCAAUCAAGGAAACAUCACGCAGCAGCCCAAAUGAACCGCUAGAGAUCAAAGUUUCCGCUUCCCAUUUGACAGACACCCUCCCACUAAAAUGUUCGGAUAAGAUAAAAAUAGAAGAAUCGACUGAAACAAAUCAAUUGUCGUACGAAGUACCUGACACCAACAUUAAAUCACUUUUGAUUCAACUCAAGGAUUCUGGAUUUCAGAAACAACUGGACUGGAUCCAGUCUUCAUUAUUAUCAGCCUGUGCUGUUCGAUUGGGGAUUUACUCCGGCCAAGAAUUCCGCCACCCCAUAUAUACCCUGAGUUUUCAAAUGAAUUUGUCCUGCCCUUUGGUUCCCUGGACGGAGGUGGAAGCAUCCGCCCUGCGUUCAGAACUCUUCCUCAAUCUCCUAUUUCGUAUUGGCCUCAUUCCUCCAUCCCCUCAGGCUGUUCUGUACCCUCGUAUCCCGCGUGAAUGGUCCCCGGACACUUUGUACAGUGUCGCCCUCCUUUUCGGACCCAUCGACCAGAAGAGGAUCGAUUUCGAUUUAACUCGAGUCAAGAAAAUUGAACUAGACUUCCCCUAUUUACCUAUCAAUGAACUCGGAGACGAUAAGUUUUCUUUUCGUUAUUCAACCCACAGUGAAUUCCCUUUCUGUGAUACUUGUUAUUCGUACAAUUCGGUCCAAAUGAAGCCCUUGUCAGCAGAUCCCUAUCAGCCCUAUGUAAAAGAAUCCUUUGAGUCUCGGUUACUUUCAGAAAAGAUUACUAGUCCUAUCAGCAUCAGCGAUCUUCAUCCUUUCGACAGUAUCAGUACAAGCAGCUCGCUACAAGUUCACAAAUGCGAGUCGACAGAUGGCGAAGAGGAAACGGAAAAAUGCGGUUGAUUGGGUUAACGGAUUGGCAAUUCUGAAUGAGCUUGUCUUUUGGAAUCUAAUGUAUGGUCGUCGAUUGCUUUUUUGAAAACGUCAGGUGCCUGAUGUUUCAUCAAUUAUUACUGUAAUUCAAUUUGAUGUACGUAAAAACAUAUCCUGUUUUCAGAUGAUACACAAAAUCUGAAUAGUAAUUAGAAGGAACCACAUGGUAUGUGAUCAACUUCAAACCAUAGGAAUUUUUCAAACAUGGAGAUCCCUGACAUGAGGAAUGCACUUUCAAACAUGAAUGAAGCCAUAGGAUCUCACGAGCCUAAACCCAUAAUUAAGAAUGAGACCGCAAUUGCGAUCAAUAACCAAGAAGAAAAGCCUUGUGUCGAUAGUUUCUCUCCAAACCGAUAAUCCUAAUCUAUUUGGAAAUUAUUUUACGUGCCAAAUGUUA